AUGUCGCGCGCACGUGGGUGGCUGUACGCACUCGCUGCCGUGCUCACCGUCUCGCCCGACUCGAUGCUGCUGCAUUUCAUGCUCCUCUACUCGCCGUGCAGCGCCGUGUGGGAGACGAUUCCACUGAUCCUGUUUCUCAAGUACUCCGUCAUGGGUUUCAUACAGGUGGGCUACAGCGUCGUGCAAGCGGGAAGCCCGGCAAUUCUACUCUCGCAGGUGAAGCAGAGCUGGCGCGCGCUGCUUUUGCCAUCAAUCUUUAUGCUCAUCUGCCAGCUCGGCCUCACCACGUGCUUCAUGACGACCACGGCCGCUAAUGCGAUCAUGCUCUUCAACUUGCAGCCGGUGUGGGCCUUGGGCAUGGGUCGCUACUUUCUCGGCGACACGGCGCAGCCCCACACUCUCGUCGCGAUGGCCGUGGCUCUCUCUGCGGUCUUCUUGGCUUUCGCGCCGCUCGCAAUGAGCGGCGAGGUGGAGGCGGAGAUGCCGGCGGCGGAGGGCGCGAUACCGCGCACGCGCUUUGGCGACGUCGUCGCUUUGCUUGUCGGCGUCUCGCUCGCGUCCUACCUCGUCGCCUAUCGCGCGAGCUCGAUGUCCGACCCCGAGGCGCCGCUGAGCAUCGCGCCGGCUCUCGGCUCGCUCGGCGCCUCACUGGUUGCCGCGCCCGCCGCGAUAGCGAUCCUCGUCAGCAAAGGCGAGGAGGGCGGCAUUGGACUCUCGAGCACCUUCGUGCUCGCCACCUUGGUCGACGCCAUCCUCGAGGCGUACUACGACAUCGCGAUGGGUCUCGCCUCGGAAGACAUUACGUCCGCUGAGGUGGCCAUGAUGAUGCUCCUCGAAAUACCUCUCGGCCCGUUGUUCUGCUACUGGGCGUUUCGCGAGGUGCCCGCCACCUCCACGAUCAUCGGCUGCUUGGUGCUCUUCUGCACGCUGGUGGCUCACGGCGUCAUCGAGCUCCGGAUCGAGAUGCAUGCCGCCGCGAAGCUCGAGGAUGGCUCUAAGGAUGGCGCGAGCAAGUCGGGAGACAGUGAGCUGCAGUUGCGCGACAUCAUGUCAUCGAGAGGCGGCGUGGCGCUCAGCAAACGCGCGUCCGGUGCGCAGAGGGUGCAGUCGACUGUAGAGUCGACUAUGGUUUGA